GUGAACUCGAGAGGACUGAUUGCCUGUGCUUCAACAUAGACGCGAUUGACAUUAUUGCUUUCACCUUCAUCCGCAAUUCUUCCUGGUGAAUUACACAUUGUCUCGAUAACUCCAAUCGCGCAUCACGACCGCAAGGAAAACCAUCAAGGAGUCCGAACCACACCAAUCACUACCUCAAACCACCACACUCGACCACCACACCCCACACCCCAAAGCCCUCCACCACCUACCUCUACGCAAUCACCAUAAUCAUGUCUUCCCAAGAUAAGAAACCCCUCCGCCAAGUCGCCGCCGAGAAGGUCAACGGCCCCAAUGCCAAUCCCUCCCAACUAGGCGAUCCCAUUUCCCUCAAGGCCGAGACCAAUCAGAAUCCUCCCGACAAUGUUGAAUAUGCCCCGGAAGGAGCUGAGGUCUCCCCUUCUUCUUCUUCUUCCCGUUCCCCUUCCAACAAAUCACUCUCCGCGUCGCAUGCGAAUCGAACAAAGGCGUACGGUGUUCCGAGGAAUGAUCCCACGGAUGCCAGUCCAGGCGGGGCAAGGACCGCUUCAGGAAAGAGAAUUCCUUUAGAGGGAGACCCGACGAGUUUAGAGCGGGAGCAGGUGGUUGAUGAUACGAAGGGGAAGGGAAAGGGGAGAAGGGGAAGUAAACUUUGAGUGAGCAUUGAGCGGGGAUGGCGAGGGGUGAUGAGGAUAUGAAAUGCAGUGGCGAUGGUUAGGUGGUGUGAUGCGGAUAGGACGCAGUGAACACAGAGAGCGAGCAUUGCUGCUUAGGGAAUUGAGACAACGCAUGCAAUUGCAAAUUACUGUAGAAGCUGAUAAAGAAACCAUCUGGACAAUUUAAACAUCAAAUCAUCAAGCC